AUGGGUGACACCAGCCAGCCCUUGAGAUAUGUUGAUAUUGGAAUCAACUUCAGUGACCCUGUUUUCCAAGGAGAGUACCAUGGAAAGCAGGUCCAUGAUAGUGACCUGGAUGAUAUUAUCCAAAGGGCCCGUGAAGUGGGUUGCAUGAAGUUCAUGGUCACUGGGUCUGACCUAGAAGAGUCUCGGCGUGCUCUUGAGAUUGCUCGCAAUUACCCGGGCUUUUGCUACGGCACUGUCGGAGUUCAUCCAUGCCAGGCCAAGCUCUUCGAUAGCUAUCCAGGUGGACCGUCGAAAUUGCUUGAUGAGCUUCGGUCUCUAGCUUUAGAAUCGAAACAAGCUGGCCAUGCUGUUGCUUUCGGUGAAAUCGGUCUUGAUUACGAUCGUUUGUUUAUGAGCGAAAAAGAGCCGCAGCUCAAGUACUUCGAAGCCCAGCUGGACCUCGCAGUGGAAAUUCAGCUGCCUCUUUUCCUUCACUCCAGGGCUGCUAGCGAAGAUUUCGAGAAGCUGAUUGCUCCAAGACUAGCAAAACUCCCUAAAAGGGGAUUGGUCCACAGUUUUACCGGGACUAUGGAAGAAAUGAACCGAAUGGUCGCUUUAGGUCUGGAUGUUGGAGUCAACGGCUGCAGCAUGAAGACCGAAGAAAAUUUGGAGGUGGUCAAGGCAAUUCCUCUGGAUCGACUGCAGAUCGAGACUGAUGGUCCCUGGUGCGAGAUUCGCCCCUCCCACGCAUCCUCGAAAUUCUUAGAAGGCGCACCAGAGCUGCCAAAGGCAGUCAAGAAGGAAAAGUGGCAGAAAGGCUGUAUGGUCAAGGGUCGCAACGAGCCCGUGGCCAUCGUCCGAGUUGCCCAUGUAAUUGCUAGAGUCAAGGGGAUAACGGCGGAAGAAGUCUGCGAAGCGGCCUGGAACAAUUCCAUCAGAAUGUUUGGACUAGGAGAAGAGACAUCAUAG